AUGGUUGCCAUGGUAUGGGGCGCUGACAUGGUCGACGGGUUAUUUCCCCUUAUUCCUCUUUGGUCACCGCGCAUGGCGACAUGCCCGACAGGACAAACAGGUCAUCCACGACAAACUGGAGAUCGGAUCUUUUCGGAGGAUGAGCUCCUGGCCUCUAGCCAGGAAACAGUUGAGGGUAAAGCACUGGGCCACAACACGCCAACAACUAUAAAAAAACCGACAACAUCCACUAAAGCUAUGGGGCAAAAGCGCGCUAAUAAAGGUCCAUCGAAGUAUAAGCUCUACCAGAGGUCUCUCACUUUCCUUGACAGGAUUCUUAAGAACGAGACUGAAGGUAAAGCUCAUCCCAAAGAUGAGUCUGACAAGGCAAAGUGUCAAAAGGUGGUGGACGAAUACCUGGCAUUCCAAACCGAGCAAGACGACAACAAGACGGCAACAAAGAAGCACAAGAUCUCAGAUCUGGGUGCGGUUGUGCCACGGGACCAUCUUCAAAUGGCUCUGGUGGACGAAACUUCCAACGGCGGCAAACCUGUGCUUGACAAAUGGUCGGAGAUCGAGGCACGGCUGUUUCGCAUAAUCGUCGACUAUGUCAUGGCGAACCCGGAGGGUCAAACGCCAGGUUUCGACUUAGUGGAAGUGGUUCGAGGUUGCCGGGUAAUCAAAUGUGAUGACCAGUACUCAUUGCAUUUCCUGACAAACGCGAUUGGCGAAAUUCAGAGCAGCUGGGAAGGCUUGAAGCUCAAGCUCAUUCCAGCCAGCGAGAUACCACGAAGGCCGAGGACUCGCAUCUGGAUACCAAACAUGGAGUUUGAAGCCCAUCAGUUAAUUCCCUAUCUCCAGGCUCACAACCGCUCAGUGCCGAUAGCCGAUUGGUCGAUCAUCAAAGCGGAGGCUCCGCAGAAUCACUGCGCGUCGUUCCUCCUUCAAAUCACUGAAUAG